AAUCAUGUUGAAUCAUGUUGAAAAAAUACAGAAGAAAAUCUGUCUUUAAUAUAGCGUAAAUGGCACUCGAACCUACGAUCCACGAUUCCUCUGAGGAGCUUUGACCACUCUCGCCAUGAGGCAUAAGAUGUCAAAAGGAAAGCGAGCAAAGAGUGGUUCUGCUCAUGAUAUCAAUAAGUGGGAAAAUGGCCUAAUUCAAGCUUCGUUGAAUGAGGAUGCAUGGAAAACAUGCGUUUUUUUCCUCGUUUCAAAUAAACCUGAAGACGAUGAUUUGAUAAACAUUUCAUCUGCAGUAAUUUCCACUGGUUUGAGAAAGUUGUUCAGUGUCAUUUCGAAAGAACAGUUGUAUAGAGAGGUGAAAGAAUUUACAAAGGCAAUAUCCAGUGGCGGAGGAAAAGGGAAAACUGCAGUAAAACUACCGGAGUUUGUUGAAAUCUGUGAACAAGUUAAACCAUUCAUUGACCAAGGGGAAGAUAUUCCUUCCAGUUUACUUGCAAAACUUCUUAAAUUUAAACUGCUGCAACUGAAAACAAAGGACAUUGAAAGAAGAGAAGAAGCUGAUAAGGAAAAGGCAAAAUCAGCAAGUGGUAAGAAAGGAGAUAAGAGUCCAGAUAAGAGAUCAAAAUCUCCAAAGAAGAAGGGAAAGAAAGGGGAGGCUGAACGUCCUCCAUCACCAAAAAAAGAUACAAAACUUAAGAAAAGAGGAGAAGUUGAGGAUACUUUUAAAACUAUAGAUGAUGAACCAGAUGAAGAAGGAAGUCCACAACAUUAUGUUCUGAUUCAUGGCUUCCUCUCUGCCUCAACUCUUCACCAUCUUGCAAACAUUGGUGUUCAUGUGAAUGCUAUCAUUAAGCUGCAACAGGAAGAGUACAGAUGCAAGCCUCAAGAACAUCCUAAAGAGGAAAUGCAUGAAGAUGUUGAAGAAGAGGGUGAAGAGGUGGAAGUUGCUGGUGUGGAGAAAGAUGUUGAGGCAACAGAUGAAUCUUCAAAAGAUGAAGAGGAACUGGCAAAGUUCUGGAGUGAAUCUGAUGAGCUUGUACUCAGCGCUCCAACAGGACAUAAACUAAAAGAUAUUGCAAAAUAUGAAGUGACUGUCUCUAAUACCUUGCCUGUUGAUCAAAGUUUAGAUCAAGUUGAAGCUGAGAAGAAGAACGAGCUUGGCACGGCAAUAUUUGAGAAGAUUGCCAACGUGUGCUACGAUAUGCUGGAUCAUCACAAAUCAUACCAACGUUUCCUGGCCGCGAUGAAAUUACUUCAUGUUCCAGUUCAUGCAGCAAAUAUCACAACAGAUGUUCAAGAAGCUGUCACAACAGAUUCUUUAAAUCAAGUUGAAAUCGACACGCGUUACUUCAAUCACCUGUUGGAAAGUGUUCCUGACGAGAGUAUCAGUGUUCCGCUUGUGUUGCACUGCCUUCUGGAACAGGUAGUUGUUACUGUGGACGAAACUGAUCCAUUCGCAAAACAAAAAGAAAUCAGAGAAGAUGGUUUGGACAAUGAUCUCGCUGCGCAUAUCAAUACUAAGAUGGCUAAUCUUGCUUUAACAACCGCCGAAAAACAGGAAAUACUCGAGGAGACGAACGUGAAGAAGCGGGAUGACAACGCAAAGAUUCCGGUAAUUCUGGAACACAACGAUAAACUCUCGCAACGCUUGCAUUAUCUGGAAGAUAUUUCUAUUCUCGAUGGACUCGACACGGAGAGGGCCAUGUUAGAAAUAUCAGCUUCACGUGAUCUCGAUAUGUUUCCAAGAAGAACAACUGCAGAAUUCAUGGAAAGUAACGCACGAUUUCAUCAGUUCAUACAACAUUGUUCAUUUCCAAGUGCAGAGGACGUCUCGUAUCUUUUAAAGAAGUAUACGUUUGAAGGAAUACCUCUCAAAAGCGUGGACGGCAAUGGCAAUGUGGUAGAACAGCGGCUAUCUUCUUACAAAAAUCCCUGGGAUGAUCCAUACUCAGACUUCAUGAAGUAUAACAGCGCACGUGAACAGGGCAUGAUAAAGAGUGAUGUAGACCCAGCGAGUGUAUCAGCUGCAGUCAAUCUUGUGUCGUACAGAAACCUCAAUGAAUGGUGUUACGUUGAAGAGUUUGAUCAAAAUACCUUCACUCAGGUUCUUGAAGAUGUUCGUCAUUCCUAUCCAUUCGUGGACACGUAUUACCACAAACACGAUGACACUUUGCUGCUGGUUCAUUACAACCCCAUUGGUAAACAACUCUUCAAUACCUCGUGUUGGAACGUGAAACUUCUCUCAAAUGUCGGCUUCAGGAACUACCUGGAACACAUCAGCAGCAUGAUACGCGAGUGGAAUCUUCAGCAAGACAGGCUUGAAGAAGAGAACAACAAGACUCCAACACCCGUCCCUCCGACACCAGAGCCUCCGAAAGCCGACAUCAAGAUUGGCAGCCGCUACGGGCUAAAAACCAGAGCAGAGAUCGCGGCGCUGAAGGCAGAGGAAGAUGACAAGGGCAAGAAGAAGGGAAAGAGAAGUGCUCGAAGCAGAACACCUAAAAGUGGUAAAAAAGGUUCUGCUACUGAAAAGAAAGGCAGCAGUACAAAAAGUAGAGUGCCCUCCUCUGGCUCGCCAGGACGAACAAUGAAAGGAAGUAAAGGUCGUCUUGCAAAUGAAACGGAAACACAGCCGGAAGUCGACGAUGAAGCACUGAUGGAUGACGAAGAGAGAUACGAUUUCCUGGGCUAUGACGUAGGGGACGAUCUCAUACACGUGACUGGUGUCCAGACUUCUAUGUUCCCGUGCGAUGGCGGCGAGAUACGAGUGGAGAAGACGCAGUAUGUCCGAGGUCCAUGCUCUGUUUCCACAACAGUUCACAAGGAUGGCGAUAUCUUAAAGUUAUAUUUCCUUGAACCGAUAGAGGAAAUUUUACCGGAACAGCCAAGUGAGAUUAUUGCCAGUCCCCAAGUGGAAGCAAAUGAGGAUCCGGAACAGACCGAGGAUUCUGCCGAGACUCUGAAUGAACCAAGCGACGAGGGUGUUGAGAAGAGUGAGUUUGAAGCGAACGAGAAAACAGCUUCAUUUCAUCAAGAUGUUGUUGUGGAGAACGAUGAACGAUCACCAGAGCCAGCGGUUCCUGCGUUCUGUACGCAUGCGUCGUUUGUUGCACAGCUCAAUGAUGGCAUGGUGAUCACGAGCAGUGGCUUCGGACCGCAAGGAACGACUGGAAAGCAAGGAGAGAGUGCAGGAGGAGAUUGUAGUGGAGCAGCUGUUCCGCUUGAUCCCAGUCCGCCACCAAAACCUUCCUCGCCUAAAUCACGUAAGAAAAAUGAGGAAGAAGCGAAACGUUUGGAGGAAUUGAGAUUGGUUGAAGAGAAACAACGCGCUGAGGUCGACGCCAGAAAGUUAAAGGAGCUCCAAGAAUCUAUGAAAAAUCCUUUCCACGAAAUCUUCGUGAGUUGCCCAGAUGGUUUGCAUGUGUCGUAUCGCAACGAUGAGAACUAUAGUAGUGUUGAUGACUCUGGAGGUGUCGUUGUGCGUCAACGUUAUCCUGUCAAGUCACGUGGCUUGCAUGAAUGCGAGGCUACGCGUGGUGAAGUUGCCAUGCGCGAACUCUCAAGAUCGAUCAUGACAGAUGGGACAGUGAUUAAGAUGAUGCUUGAUAAUUCAAUUGAAGUUCUCAAGCCUGACGGAUCAGUGAGUACGUGCCCUGUCUUUCCUGAAAAAUCGGCAGAUCCAGCCGAGAGCUUGGAGCGUCAUACUCUCGCUCAACUGUCAUCAAAUCGUAAAGGACAGGCAAGCAACAAUGCGAUGACUUCACAGCCUGAUGAAGUCGAUGAUCAAUUGGAGACAACGUCUGAAUUGAACGCUCAUUGGACAACUGUCACUGCUGAUGGCGAGCGAUUGCUUCAAUGUCAUGAUGGUACUGAGAAAUACCUGGACACCGUCAAGCUUUCUGUUGCAACAUGUCCAGUCUCUCAUCAGAUUUAUAAAACUCGCGAGGAUAACGUCAUAACCGUCAUCCGUCCCGACGGGACGCAGAUCGUUGAACACUCGGAUGGUACUCGUGUUACCACGUUUUACGAUGUCGUCCGAACGGAAGUUCGUGCUGCAGACAAGGAGACUGGCGAGGAGGCCGAGUAUGAGUCGCACGUAUGUAAACAUGUUAAGGUGGAGUGUGAAGGUUUUGCAACGGUUGUUAUGGAAACAGAGCAUGGCUCUUCACGCACGUUGUUUGGAAAUGGUAGUUGUAUCCGCACUGAGACGAAUGGCGAGUGUCUGCUUGAGAAAUCAGAUCGAUCUAAACUUUAUUUUGAUAUCAAAGGCAAUAUUGCAUACCUUCCCCAAGAUCUAUCCAGUAAUGCGGGCUGCCUAAAGUUUAGUGAUCUUGACGAUAACUCUCUGAAGGAUCGUCCUGGUGUUUAUUUACUACGAACAACAUCGCAAACUUGCUGCGAGCUCUCAGAUCAACAAGGCAAUGUCUUCUUAGCGUACACGAAUGGUGAGACCAAGGUUACGGAAUCAGAGAACGGCAUCAACGAUAGCGCACAUGUGCCUCGCUUCUUUGUCAUGCGCCGAGAUGGUACUGGGUACGAGUUAUUACGUCAUCAAGACGUGGGAGAAUACUUGAAGGCAGCACAAGAUGACGCCACGACGGCAGUCCUGAGAACACCCGUGGAGGGCUUGCCUGGUGUCACGGGGAUUACUGUUCUAAAGCCAUUUCCAGGAGGUGUUGGCAAAACGUGGAGGAAGGAGAAAGAUGAGAAGAUACUAAUACCAGUUGGAUUACGUGAGCGAGACUUCAAAAUGUUUCCAGCUAAAGAGUUCAAGAAAGACGGACCACGAUUUGGUUGUAAUGCUGUUUCAGGGCUCAACGUUGGAAACAUGCGUAAGACUGCGCAUGUUCAACCUCAGAUAACUUGCCCGAAGGUUUUGGUCUUACGUCAUUUAACCAAGUACGAGCCCACAGACAGCACACAUCGCGAGACAAUAUCAGCGGCAUUCCAACAAUACGGUGAUUACGUCACUAAACUUCGACUUCAGGCGGACAAUUAUUUGCCAGUCGAGUCACGAGACGCUGAGGAAAUCGAUAGAGCGAAUAAUUUAGCGAACAAGCACGAGGCUGUAAAAUCGAACAAGAUUGAAAUGACCAGCGAUAAAGAUGGUUUACGUCAAGACUACGUCACGUCUGUCACUCCAGUAGAACAGCCACCACCACCGAGUCCAGUGUGGAAACGCCCACCAGCAGAAUGGGAACGAGAUAGGAUCGAAUUGGCGAAGUUAAACUAUGGAAAACACGCGUUGCGUUACCAAGAAGUUCCGCCAUAUUUUGAAACGGCGCAAGGUCAGGCGUUUCUCACUGGUUUAAAAGCCGUCCCUGAUAUGGAAAAACUUAGCGCGGACUUGGAUAAACAGGCGUGUCCAUCAGGACCCCCAAGAAACCAGCCGCAUUCUUCCAGCACAUCUUCCACUCCUGGACCAGUUGAAGCUGCAGAUCAUAGUAACCUCACUCAAGAAAGCAGUGAUCGAAAUGACUCCAAGUCCUUGGGCAGAUACAGCUCGGCUGUUUUGGAAGACCUGGAUCCUGAUGGAAGACAUUCACCUGGUGAAGCACCCGUACAGAGCAGCACACCGUUUGCUAGUAGACCUAUAAACCCCACACCCGCACAAGCUGCGGGCAGACCUACACCCAUAACAAGCCGGCCUACAAACCCCACGCCCCGCCAGGCAUCGAAUGUGAUGAAUAGCGAGGGUAUUCUUGAUUCUCCACGCCACGUACACUCAGAGUAUACACCUCUUGAAGCUCUGGUAGAGACGCAACAUGAAGUAUCCACUGUGGAGGACAAUGAUACAGCUUUGGACAUGAUGUCAUCAACACGCAGUCACUACGAAGAUGAUGGUCGACAGAAGAGUUUGCAUGUUGAUGUCACGGGCUCGCCUCGUAAAGAGGCUGUCAGAUUACCAAAUUCCAUCUUGGGUGGGAAACCAGGCGCUUUGCCCAACACACAGUUCUCGACCAUUGAGGAACCAGCUCGCCGUAAAGUACAGACAGUUUCUGUGGUCGGUAAAACUGGCCCCGUCAUGAGAGGCUUCGAACUCUUCCCACCAGAAGUUGAGUUUGGUGUUUUGAAAGAAGGAUGUACUUAUAUACACACAGUUUCAUUGAAGAACAUUGGAAUCGAUAGUUGUAGAUUUAAAAUACGUCAACCACCUCCGUCAACAGGAUUGAAAGUUCUUUUCACACCAGGACCGGUCGCUGCCGGAAUGAACACGAAAUUAAACAUCGAAAUAUUUGCUGUUGCUGUUGGAGUCUCUGGUGAGAGUGGCAUUGGAUCUAUUGGACAUCAUAUUGAAAUUGUGGGAGAAACUGAUAUAAUAUAUCUACCUGUCACUGCAACUAUUUUAACAGCUUAUGAAUAUGACAACCGCUCAGCUUCUUUACCACGAGGUUUCCAUUCUCGUGGCACGCAAAUGAUUUCUAAUCGACCUCCAUCGAGGGAGGCGAUUAGACCGCAAAGAGACCACGUCUAUUCCAACAUUGCUAAACCUUUCUGAACUAAAUCAUUGUAAUAUUAUGUAAUAAAAUGUAUUUUAUCUUGUUCUUUACAAGAUGGUUGUGCGGUUGUGCGCAUGUCAGAGA